UUUAUUUAGGUCCCUUAUAAAGAUGAAGUUUGCUAGUUUCUAAUAUUUUUUUAAGUAGCGAGAGAAGAUUUCUUGUUUUUUUUUUUUUUUUUUUUUUUUUUUUUGAUUUUGAGAGAAGAUUUUCGUUUUGAUAAAACUUAUUUGGUAAACUGUUUCGAUGGAAUCUCUUUCUGAUGAGUCUGAUGGAUCAAGCUGGUCGAAACUUCCUUUAGAUCUCUUGAACAUGGUUUUUGAACGUCUUGGUUUUGCAGAUUUUCAAAGAGCUAAAUCAGUGUGUCUUUCUUGGCUACAUGCUUCAAAACAAUCAGCGCCAAACAGUAAGAUCCCUUGGCUCAUUAUGUUUCCAGAAAAAGGUAAAGAUUACUGUCUCUUGUUUAAUCCUGAAGAAAAAGAAAAGGUGUAUAGGAUUCAAGAUCUUGGUGCUGAAUUCGCAAAUAGUCAUUGUUUGGCGAUUUGUGGAAGCUGGCUCUUCAUGAGAGAUGAUAGAUAUAAUCUCUAUAUUAUGAAUCUAUUUACUCGUGAGAGGAGUCUUCCGAGUGUGGAAACACAAUAUGGUAGGAUAAAGAUCGAACGAACCACAGAUGAUAGGUUCCGUAAAAAGAUUGAUGACGAAUAUAUCACAUUUCCAGAAAAAGACAUGGACAUUGAGCAACCAAUAUUAUGGAUAAAUGAAAAAAACAAAGAUUAUGUGGUUAUGUGGUUGUUCCGAAGCGGGCACGUGUAUUUGGUUUAUUGCAGAAAUAAAGAUAAUCUUUGGAAUCAUUGCGAACCUGCCAAUUUCUAUGGUGGUGGUAGCAUGGUAUACAAAGAUCAUAAGAUUUAUUUGUAUGGUAGCUUGCGUCAUGAUGUCAAAGUUUUUGAUUAUUCUGGAGAUUCUCCCCGACAAAUCUUUGAAACACAAGUGAACUAUGCUGGGAAACAUGGAUUUAGAAGCAGGGUUGGUAAUGUGUGGAAAAAUAAGAAAACAGAUCUUGUGGUUAGUAUGAGUGGAGAAUUUCUUAGAGUUAAGAGCAUAAUAAGGAGUGAUUCUGAUGUUUGGUCCUUCCGCAUCUACAAAAUGGACUCUUCAAAUAACAAGUGGGAGAAACUUACUUCUUUAGGGGAUGAAGCAAUACUUUUGGAUCAAGGUAUCACUGUGCCAGCUAGCGCAACCCAAGGAGUUCACAGGAAUUCAAUAUAUUUCAGUGGUAACCGUUCUCUUCAAUAUUUCCCAAAAGAUCAUGUUUGGAGUGAAAAAGAUAUCUUUGUCUACAGUCUCGACACACAAGAAGUUGAAAGACCACAUCGAAGUAUUUGUUCGUCUAUUCAAUUAUCUGAUGCUCGAUGGUUUGUGCCAAAUUUCAAACAUACAUGAUCUCAACUCUGUUGUACUUUUUUCAAUGGUUUUGUUAAUCCCCUAAACAUAUCUAUGCAGAUUCGUGUCUCCUU